CCAACCCCGAGCUUCCUCAACAACCAAACCACCUCCGGCAACACCUUUGCCUUCCAGGCCUUUGCAGACGACACCUUCCUCGGCAACGCCACAGCCAUCAUCGACGACGAGGGCGGCACGGAUCUCGGCUUCGAAGCCCACAGCUACGUCUGGGUGCCCUCCGUGUCAGACUGCUGCAUCACCUUCUGCACAAAUGCCACCAGCAAGGGCAUGGUUGGAUGGCUGUGUAGUCAGCGGAAGCAGCCCAAGUCGUCGGAUGCGUUUAAGCGGGUGUAUGUGUGGUGUCAUAAAGCCCACGAGAAGCCGAAUGCCAUCUGUAUAGGUGAGUUUAUUUGA